AUGGCUUCAAAUAAGAAGGCUAGAGGGAGGAAGAAAGGUAAUACUGGUUCUUCUAGUAAAUUUGAAUCGCUAGCUGAGGGAGGUGUGCUUGAUGGUCCGAGGAAGGUUCGGGUGGCCUCCUUAGGAGUUGCCGCUUUGCUUAACGAAAUCAAGUCUAAAAAGAGGGAUCUUGUGGAUAAAGCAAAAAUUAGUGGUAAUGUGGGGACUGGAAGUGGUGUAGGUAAUUCUGAUUUUGCGGAGGGGGGCAGAAUUUGGAUUCUAUGGAGGAAACAUUGGUCCUUCUCUAUUUUUAGUGCUAGUGAUCAGUCUCUCUCCAUUGCUGGCAAUAUCAAUGGCUGUAGGACACUGAUUACUACUGUUUAUGGCAGUAAUAGUGGGAUUGGCAGGAGAGGUUUAUGGGAUCAUUUGAGGAGUUUGGAAAGCUUGGUUGGUUCUUCCCCCUGGGUGGUUGGAGGGGAUUUUAAUGUUGUUCUUAGUGCAAAUGAGAGCUCUGAUUUUGAGUCCUUGGGUGUGCACAGCUUCUCUGAUAUGGAAGAUUUUCAAGACUGUUUAGGAGAUUUGGACCUGUUGGACCAUCCUUUCCUUGGUCCCACUUUCACCUGGUCUAAUAGGCAAGAUGAGGGUUUUCUUGCUCGCAAGCUUGACAGGAUUUUGGUUAAUCCUGAAUGUCUAACUGCUCAUCCCGAUUCUUUUGCUGAAUUCAAGGCACAGGGUGCUUCAGAUCAUUGUCUUGGUAUGAUCUGGACACAGAAGGAUGCUUUGGCUAGGAGGCCUAAGCCUUUCAAGUUUUUUAACCGCUGGACUUCAAAUGUUGGUUUUAUGGGAGUUGUUAAGCUUUCUUGCUGCACUGAUCAAAGAAGUAUUGAGGAAGAGAGAAACAUUCAUGCUGAGCUGGUUGAUUUGGAGAUUGCUGAGUCUGAAUUUUAUAGGCAAAUUGCAAAGGUGCACUGGUUAAAAGAGGGGGAUCUUAACACUAAAUUUUUCCAUCAAAGGGUUGAGUCUAACAAGAAGAGGAAUACUAUCAAGGUUUUAUUGUCUGGAAGUGGUCAGUAUCUGGAUUCAUUUGAUGAUAUAGCGAAUGAGUUAGUGAACUUCUUCACUAACCUUAUUGGGACUACUGAUCCAAUGGUAGAAAAUUUUCCUGUGGAGUGGCUCAAGGACUUAUUGAACUACUCUCUGCCAAAAGGUGCUGGUGAUAUGCUCAUCAAAGAGGAGGAUGACAAGGAAAUAAAAGAGGCUUUGUUUAGGCAAGGUAAUGGCAAGAGCCCUGGCCCUGAUGGUUUCUCCCUCUUGGUUCUUUAA